AUGGAUAAGAAAGCAGCUUCUAACGUGGACAUCAAGAACAAAAAGUUGGGUAAAUUCACUGCACCAACACCGCAAAAUACACCCAUCAACCCAGCCCCAAUGACUUCCACCUUCCGCCCAACAGUAACAACGAUCUCUGAAAACGAGACCAUCAAUACUGCAUCAGCUUCUACUAGAUUUGCUGGCCUGACUGGUCGAACCACUGUCCAGAUCGAGUCCCUUCCAUCGUCUGUCCGACGUAGGGUAAACGGCCUCAAGUACUUCCAAUCAAAGCACACAGAACUCGAAGAAAAAUUCCAAGAGGAAGUACUUGCUCUUGAAAAAAAGUAUCUCGAGUUGUACCGUCCCUUGUACAACCAACGUGCCAAGGUUGUUUCAGGCCAGUAUGAGCCAACUGAAGAAGAAGUAGCCCUGGGUGAGAAGAUUGAUGAGGAAGAGAGCGUGUCAGGCGCUGCUGCAACUAAUGCCAACACCAAGUCCAACACCACAUCAACCAAUAACAACAAUUCUGCUGCUGCUGCUGCUGCCAAGCAAAAGAAAAAAGAUGACGAUGAAGACGACAACGAAAUAUUAAAGGGUAUUCCUGAAUUCUGGUUGACUACACUCAAGAACCAUCCCCAGACUGGUGAGACAAUUGCAGAGGCCGAUGAAAAGGCACUAAAGCACCUGGUCGAUGUGCGCAUGUCGUACAUGGACAAGCCCGGUUUCCAGCUCGAGUUUGAAUUCACCCCCAACGAGUUCUUCUCCAACAAGUCCCUCACAAAAACUUACUUCUACCAAGACCAUGCCUACGGAGGUGACUUUGUGUAUGAUCAUGCUGAUGGCUGUGACAUUCAGUGGAAGGAAGGUAAGGAUCUCACAGUUACUGUUGAAACCAAGAAGCAGCGUCACAAGGGAACAAACAAGACGCGCGUCGUUAAACGUACGGUGCCAGCCGAUUCAUUCUUCACUUUCUUCAACCCACCAGCCUUUCCUGAAGAUGCAGAGGAACUCGAUGAAGAGGAAGCCGAAGGACUGGAUGCCAAAUUGGAGGCUGACUACGAAUUGGGCGAGGAAUUCAAGGAUAAGAUUAUUCCCCACGCCGUUGACUAUUUCACAGGAAAGGCACUCGAAUAUGAAGAAUUCGAAGGCGAUGAUGACUUUGAGGAUGACUUUUACGACGAAGACGAAGAGGAAGAAGAGGAAGAUGAUGAUGACGAGUACGAUGAUGAGCACCCACAGCCUGCCAAGGGCGAUAAUACUCCAGAGUGUAAGCAAUCUUAG